AUGACGAAGCUGACGAACAAGGCCGGCGCCCUGGGCGCCCUGCUGCUGGGGCUCUUCGCGGCCGGCACGGCGCGCGCGCAGGAGAUGCUGGGCCAGCCGGUGCCGGGCGGUCUCGGGCUGCAGGCCGGCGCGACGCCGGUCAAGGAGCAGAUCCACGACUUCCACAACAUGCUGCUGGUGAUCAUCACCCUGAUCUGCGUGUUCGUGCUGGCCCUGCUGGUCUACGUCAUGUUCCGCUUCCGCGCCGCGGCCAACCCGACGCCCUCGAAGACCACGCACAACACCCUGAUCGAGGUGAUCUGGACGGCGGUGCCGGUGAUGAUCCUGGUGGUCAUCGCGAUCCCCUCGAUGAAGCUGCUCUACGCCCAGGACGUGGUCCCCGAGGCGGACAUGACGAUCAAGGCGAUCGGCAAGCAGUGGUACUGGAGCUACGAGUAUCCCGACCACGGCAACUUCGCGUUCGACGCCUUCAUGCUGCAGGACGAGGAUGCCGCCGCCGCCGGCAAGCCGCGCCUGCUGGCGACUGAUCAGGCGGUGGUCAUCCCGGUCGACACCACCGUGCGCAUCCUGGUCACCGCCGGCGACGUGCUGCACUCCUUCGCCGUGCCGGCCUUCGGCAUCAAGACCGACGCCGUGCCGGGGCGUCUGAACGAGACCUGGGUGAACGUGCAGGAGGAGGGCACCUACUACGGCCAGUGCUCCGAGCUCUGCGGCACCGCCCACGCCUACAUGCCGAUCAUGGUCAAGGUGGUCUCGCAGGAGGAGUUCGACGCCUGGGAAAGAUCCAUGGCUCACAGCGAAGCGCACGCCCACGAUCACCACGAUCACAAGCCGGGCUUCUUCGUUCGGUGGUUCUGCUCCACCAACCACAAGGACAUCGGCACCCUCUACCUGGUCUUCUCGGUGAUCGCCGGCCUGAUCGGCGGCGCCUUCUCCGUGCUCAUGCGCAUGGAACUGCAGGAGCCGGGCGUGCAGUACUUCAACCUGCUGUCGGCCGACCCGGGCCAGAUGUGGAACGUGAUCAUCUCCGCGCACGGGUUGAUCAUGGUUUUCUUCGUGGUCAUGCCGGCGUUGAUCGGCGGUUUCGGCAACUGGUUCGUGCCGCUGAUGAUCGGCGCGCCGGACAUGGCCUUCCCGCGCAUGAACAACAUCAGCUUCUGGCUGCUGGUGCCGGCCUUCCUGCUGCUGCUGGGCUCGGCCUUCGUGGGCACCGGCGCGGGCACGGGCUGGACGAUCUACCCGCCGCUGUCCUCCUCGCUCGGCCAUCCCGGGCCGUCGGUGGACAUGGCGAUCUUCGCGCUGCACCUGGCGGGCGCCAGCUCGAUCCUCGGCGCGAUCAACUUCAUCACCACGAUCUUCAACAUGCGCGCUCCGGGCAUGACGCUGCACAAGAUGCCGCUCUUUGCCUGGUCCGUGCUGGUGACGGCGUUCCUGCUGGUCCUGUCGCUCCCGGUUCUCGCCG